GGUUCCAUCCGCGCCGUCUAGAGGCGAGGCGUGUCCGAAGCUCCACUGUAAAGGGGGAAAGAUGGCGAUGAGUGUGUUCGCUCGGUUCGGCUCGCAGACUUUAUUUGCUCCGUGGCUUUAUUCGGCAACUGGGCGGCGUUUCACCCAUGGAACAAACGUACUAUGUCAAACUAAGAGUCCUCAAGGCGGCUUCUUUUCACCACUUCAGAAAGUGAUGCUAUCACCAGAUGCUUUUCAUGGGAAAGUGGCCUUUAUCACAGGCGGCGGUACAGGCCUUGGAAAAGGGAUGACCAAUGCGCUGUCUAAUCUGGGAGCAGAAUGUGUUAUAGCAAGCCGGAAUCUUGAUGUAUUGAAUCAAACAGCAGAAGAAAUAUCUUCCAAAACUGGAAAUAAGAUUCAUGCAAUUCAAUGUGAUGUGAGAGAUCCAGAGUCUGUUACCAAUGCAAUCAGUCGAUUAAUUGAUGUGGCUGGGCAUCCUGAUGUAAUAAUAAAUAAUGCUGCUGGAAAUUUUAUUUCUCCUUCUGAACGUCUUUCUGCAAAUGCAUGGAAGUCUAUCACUGACAUUGUUUUGAAUGGUACUGCUUAUGUAACUUUGCAAAUUGGAAAAGAAUUGAUUAAAGCCCAGAAAGGGGCAGCAUUUCUGGCCAUUACAACAAUCUAUGCAGAAAGCGGGUCUGGGUUUGUGGUGCCAAGUGCUUCUGCCAAAGCAGGUGUAGAAGCCCUGUGCAAGUCUCUUGCAGCUGAGUGGGGUAGAUACGGCAUGAGAUUCAAUGUGAUUCAGCCAGGUCCAAUAAAGACAAAGGGAGCCUUCAGCCGCCUGGAUCCCACGGGGAUAUUUGAGAAAGAAAUGAUCCAGAGAAUUCCUUGUGGUCGUAUGGGAACUGUGGAAGAGAUCGCCAACCUUGCCACCUACCUCUGUAGUGAUUAUGCGAGUUGGGUUAAUGGAGCAGUCAUUAGAAUGGAUGGUGGUGAAUACGUGAAUAUGGCUGGAGAAUUCAAUGAAUUACGUAAGGUCACCAGUGACCAGUGGAAUAUCAUGGAACAAAUGAUACGAAAAACAAAAGGCUCAUAAUUUACAUUUUUAUGUGACUUUUUAUAUAGCUUAUUUCUAAAAUGUUCUGUAUUCUAGCAAUAAAAUGCACUGCUGCUGAUAAUUA